AUGGGCUCGACUGUAUUUCCCCGCAACGCAUCCUCGCCCGUAAUUUGGCUGCAAGUGGAGAUCCAGGAUCCAGUGCUGGAUACGGAGCUCCGUGACCGCGCUGCCGGACGAGAAGCAAAUCCGGAGGCAGAGCAUGAGGAAGAUGUGCUCCAGAUCCGGUGGCUGAGGCCUUGUCUCUGCGGCGUGCUCUCCAGCCACAUCGGGGACAAGAAGCGCCUCACCAGGUUGCAGCAGUGCCUCGACUCCGUUGCAGAGCAGACGCUGCCGUUGGAUGGCUUCUACGUCGUCUGGUCUGCUCCGGAUGCCAUUGCGCUGGAGGUCGAAAAG